AUGGCGACCGCCGAAAAAACCAAGGAGCAGCAGAAGCAAUUCCAAGUCCCCGAGUACGAUUCGGAGGAAGACUACGACAGCGCCGAUGACAUUGAAUACUCCGAAGACGAGGACGAGGACCAAACAGUCCCCAACAAAAAUCAACAGCUCCAACGCCGCCGCCGGCAACAGCAGCAGCAGCAGCAGGAGGAGGACUACUCCGACGAUGACUACUAUGAUUCCGAAGAAUUUGACGAUGACGAGGACUACUCCGACGACGAGGUAGUCCAGGGCAAGUCCAUGCAGCCCUGGUCCAAGGGCACCAGUUCCGAGGUGGCUCCCUCGGGUGGCAUGAACAUCGUCCCACAAGAGAAGAAGAAGAGCCUCGAUGACGAGGAAGGCAUGAAGUUGAAGCUGGAACUGAACCUGGAGAUUGAAAUAGAGCUCAAGGCUCGUAUUCACGGUGACUUGACUAUUGCGCUAAUUGCCUGA